AUGACUUGUUACUCCUGUCUAGCAAUGCAGUUAUACCGGAAACCGCCGACUACGGUGAGAAUAUUUGACCGCAAUGACUACUACAGUGUCCACGGUGAUGACGCAACAACUGCUUCAAGGGAGGUAUUUUCCUCAAUUUCGAACAUCAAGAAAAUGGGUCUUGAACCCAAUCGCCUCGACUAUCUUGUUUUAUCAAAAGGAAAUUUUGAAAUCCUUAUCAAAAAGUUAUUACUGGUAAGGCGCUACCGGGUAGAGAUAUAUGUACCUGAAGGUUCAGUCAAGGGAACCGAUUGGUCGCUCAAGUACAAAGGCUCUCCAGGAUAUUUGUCACAACUAGAAGAAAUUCUUGGUGAGGGCUUGGGAGCCUCUGAUGAAACCACACCGUGUUUGAUGGCCGUUCACAUAAAAACAGACGCAAUCACGAAGGGUCGUCUCCUCGGCGUUGCAUGCAUCUCUUCCGGUGACUACCAGAUGUCGGUAACAGAGUUUACAGACGAUGAUUUACUCACCGAGCUUGAAACUAUUACAGUACAAAUGGCUCCGUCUGAAUGUCUAGUACCUACCAGUGACUUAGAUGACUACAAAGCCCUUAAAAAGGUAAUGGAGCGCACAAAUGUCACAGUGACAAAACUGAAAAAGAACGAUUUUUCUACUGAAGGAUUAAUACAGGAUCUGAACAGAUUGCUAAAGUUUAAAGAGAAUCAGCAACAGGAUGCCAAUGCCUUUCCCGAAACUAGGAAAGAGGUCGCAAUGAGUAGUUUAGCAGCUGCUAUUAAAUAUUCAUCCUUAUUAAAUGAUAGUACUAAUUUUGCAAGGUUUCGCUUGGUGACAAUUCAGGCUGAUUGUUUCUUACACCUAGACUCGGCUGCACUGUCGGCCCUAAACGUUUUUCCAGAGCUCGGCGACAUGUCAAAUGCUCCAUCCCGAAGUCUGUACGGGCUGCUUGAUAGAUGCCGAACGCAACAAGGCAAAAGGCUCUUAGCUCAAUGGCUACGCCAGCCUUUACGUGAUAUAAAUCUAAUCAACGAGCGCCUUGAUGUAGUAGAGCUGCUAAUGAAUAACUCACAACUGAGAUUACAACUACACGAAGAUCAUUUAAGACGGAUCCCUGACCUUCAAGCUUUGGCCAGAAGAUUAACCAGAAAGAAGGCUAACUUGCACGACUGCUACAGAAUUUAUCAGGCUAUUAAGAGGUUACCGGCUCUAUUGCAAUGUUUAGCGGAAGCAGAAAACGCAACUGUUCACUCGUCUCUUACUGAACCCAUAUCUGAACUUAAUGAAGACCUUGGCAAGUUCCUCCAAAUGAUUGAAACCACAAUGGACAUGGAUGCCGUUGAUAGAGGUGAUUUUCUAGUGAAGCCAUCUUUUGAUGAACAGCUGCAGAACUUGAGUAAGGAACUGGAACAACUGCAGUCAUCGGCGGAAAAGGAACUCAAUAAAGCCGCUAGAGACUUAGGUCUUGAUGCUGGCAAAACUAUAAAGUUGGAGAGUAAUCCUCAGAACGGAUUUUAUUUUAGAGUUACUUUAAAGGAAGAACAAAGUUUGCGUGGAAAUAAGAAAUAUACCAUAAUAGAUGCGGUGAAAGGCGGUGUUAGGUUCAAAAAUAGCGCUUUAGACAACAUCACAGAAGAAUAUACAUCUACAAAAUCCACAUACGAGAAGGAGCAAGAUAUAGUGGUGGCAGAAAUAGUUGGUAUUGCAGCGGGCUACUCCGAGUGCUUGUUCUGUCUCUCACACAUUUUGUCGAGACUAGACGUGUUGGUAUCGUUCGCGGUGGCGUCUACGAGCGCACCGGCGCCCUAUUGCCGUCCACAAAUAACGGAAAAUUUGGACGAGUUUGUUCUGAAGGACUUAAGACACCCCUGCCUUGAGAUACAGGAAGGUGUAUCUUAUAUUCCUAAUGAUGUGGAGUUCCGUCGAGGGAAGGGUAUAGUGCACAUAGUGACGGGCGCCAACAUGGGUGGCAAGUCGACGUGGAUGCGCUCGUGCGGCGCGGCGGCGCUGCUGGCGCACGCGGGCGCGCCCGUGGCCGCCGCGAGCGCCGCGCUCCCGCGCCUGCGCGCCCUCGCCGCGCGCAUCGGCGCCAGCGACGCAGAGGGCAAGGGCCACAGCACCUUCAUGCGCGAGAUGAUCGACACCGCCGCUAUACUCCGGACCGCCACACCCGACUCGCUAGUUCUCAUCGACGAGUUGGGACGAGGCACGUCGACGUACGAAGGCUGCGGAAUCGCUUGGGCCAUAGCAGAGGAGUUGGCGACGAAAAGUAAAUGUUUCUGUCUAUUUGCGACUCACUAUCAAGAGCUAACACGGUUGGCGAGCAUACACCCAGGCGUUGUUGUUAAUUCACACGCUGAGGCGUCCGUAGUGAACGGGCAACUGCUACUGUUACAUCGAAUCGAACCUGGGCCCGCACUGCACUCUCUUGGCUUACAUGUUGCUAAAUUGGCUGACCUUCCCGAAUCUAUAAUUGAGUACGCAGAAGCAAAACAAGCUCAACUCGAAAUUAAUUUGUUCGAUGUGGAAACAGCUGUGGAAUCUCAAGAAACAACGGAGGGCCAUAAGCUAAUAGUAGAUUUCUUGCGCAAGUGUAAACAAAUCCAAGAAGCAAAUGUAUGUGACGAACUAAUGAUGAAGGAAAUAACUAAACUUAAACAAGAACUGUUGCAAUCUAAAAAUAAAUAUGUUAAAUCUCUAAUGGGAUGA